AUGCCUAUUACACGCCGUAUCUCCAUGACCAACUUUGUCGUCGCUUGCACAGCACUUUGCUUUCAAGUUGGUGUCUUGUAUCCAUGGCAUCAUCAACUAGAUGAGGAGUUCAAGCAGCUCAAGGUGGACCAUCUACGUCUGUUGAAGGAGAAUGAAGAGAGCCGGAUGAGUGAACUACGAUCUAUCACGGAACAUCUCAAGCUGAGAGACUUCGCACGUCAAUCAUAA